UGUUUACCGCCCAGCGGCGUCGCUCACUCCCCGGAGUUCUGAGCGCCGAAGCCGCCGCGUCUGCCCGCCCUUAAAGGGCCGGCGCCCGGGAGAACUGGCGGCGCCGCGCGGCGUCGGGUCGCUACCUCCUAUCACGCCCCUCACCCUCAGACUCUCCGCCCCUUCGCGGCCGGCCUGGCCACCGGUUUCCCCUCCCUCCCUCGCUUCCCCCUUUCCCCUGCGGCGUCUCCAGGCUCCCAGCAACCAGCCGCCUCCCGGCUGUCACAUCCCCGGCGGGCGCCCACCGAGUCUCCCGGCCGUGCUCGGCCCCUGGCGAGCUGGGGCCCCUUCCUGAGGCCCGUCACCUUUCCCCCGGCCCUCCCGCCCCCGGCCGCCCCGUCCCCUCCCUGGUCCCUGAGAGCGCGUCUGCGGCUCCAGGGAGGGGACGCUUCCUAAUCUCAGGCCGGGGUUAAAGUUCUGGUCCUGGUGAGAUGCUGGAAGCUGCGGCCCAAGCCCCAACCCGCCCUGGAGGUGUCCUGUCGCUUGCCGCCGCCGCCGCCGCUGCCGCCGCCACUGCCACCCUGCCGGGGCCAUGUUCGCCCUGGGCUUGCCCUUCUUGGCUCUCUUGGUGGCCUCGGUCGAGAGCCAUCUGGGAGUUCUGGGGCCUAAGAACGUCUCGCAGAAAGACGCGGAGUUUGAGCGCACCUACGUGGAUGAGGUCAACAGCGAGCUGGUCAACAUCUACACCUUCAACCACACCGUGACCCGCAACCGGACGGAAGGUGUGAGAGUGUCCGUGAAUGUCCUAAACAAGCAGAAGGGCGCUCCUUUGCUGUUUGUGGUCCGCCAGAAGGAGGCGGUGGUGUCCUUCCAGGUGCCCCUGAUCCUCCGAGGGAUGUUCCAGCGCAAGUACCUCUACCAAAAGGUGGAGCGAACGCUGUGUCAGCCCCCCACCAAGAAUGAGUCCGAGGUCCAGUUCUUCUACGUGGAUGUGUCCACCCUGUCACCAGUUAACACCACAUACCAGCUCCGCGUCAGCCGAAUGGAUGACUUCGUGCUCAGGACCGGGGAGCCGUUCAGCUUCAACACCACAGCAGCGCAGCCCCAGUACUUCAAGUAUGAGUUCCCGGAAGGAGUGGACUCGGUCAUUGUCAAGGUGGCCUCCAACACGGCCUUCCCCUGCUCAGUGAUCUCCAUCCAGGAUGUGCUGUGUCCUGUGUAUGACCUGGACAACAACGUAGCCUUCAUCGGCAUGUAUCAGACGAUGACCAAGAAGGCAGCCAUCACCGUGCAGCGUAAGGACUUCCCCAGCAACAGCUUUUACGUGGUGGUGGUGGUGAAAACUGAAGACCAGGCCUGUGGGGGCUCCCUGCCUUUCUACCCCUUUAUAGAAGAUGAACCGGUCGAUCAAGGGCACCGCCAGAAAACCCUGUCCGUGCUGGUCUCGAGAGCAGUCACGUCGGAGGCCUACGUUGGCGGUAUGCUCUUCUGCCUGGGCAUAUUUCUCUCCUUCUACCUGCUUACCGUGCUCCUGGCCUGUUGGGAAAACUGGAGGCAAAGGAAGAAGAGCCUUCUGGUGACCGUGGACCGAGCCUGCCCAGAAAGCGCUUCUCUUCUUGGUCACCCUCGGGUCCUGGCCGACUCCUUUCCUGGCGGCCCCCCCUAUGACGGCUACAACUACGGCUCCUUUGAGAACGGUUCUGGCUCCACUGGCUCCACUGACGGUCUGGUUGACAGUGCGGGCCCCGGGGACCUAUCCUACAAUUACCAGGACCCCGUGGGCACUCGACCACGACUGGACUCCAUGAGCUCCGUGGAGGAAGAUGACUAUGACACUCUGGCCGACAUCGAUUCAGACAAGAAUGUCAUUCGCACCAAGCAAUACCUCUACGUGGCUGACCUGGCGCGCAAGGACAAACGUGUCCUGCGGAAGAAAUACCAGAUCUACUUCUGGAACAUCGCCACCAUUGCCGUCUUCUAUGCACUUCCUGUGGUGCAGCUGGUGAUCACCUACCAGACGGUGGUGAAUGUCACAGGGAACCAGGACAUCUGCUACUACAACUUCCUCUGUGCCCACCCGCUGGGCAACCUCAGCGCCUUCAACAACAUCCUCAGCAACCUGGGGUACAUCCUGCUGGGGCUGCUCUUCCUGCUCAUCAUCUUGCAACGGGAGAUCAACCACAACCGGGCCCUGCUGCGCAACGACCUCUGUGCUCUGGAAUGUGGGAUUCCCAAACACUUUGGCCUCUUCUACGCCAUGGGCACGGCCCUGAUGAUGGAGGGGCUGCUUAGCGCUUGCUAUCACGUCUGCCCCAACUACACCAAUUUCCAGUUUGACACGUCGUUCAUGUACAUGAUCGCGGGGCUCUGCAUGCUGAAGCUGUACCAGAAGCGGCACCCAGACAUCAACGCCAGUGCCUACAGCGCCUACGCCUGCUUGGCCAUUGUCAUCUUCUUCUCCGUGCUGGGCGUGGUCUUCGGCAAGGGGAACACAGCAUUCUGGAUCAUCUUCUCGAUCAUCCAUAUCACUGCCACCCUGCUGCUCAGCACACAGCUCUAUUACAUGGGCCGCUGGAAGCUGGACUCAGGGAUCUGCCGUCGCAUCCUCCACGUGCUCUACACGGACUGCAUCCGGCAGUGCAGUGGGCCUCUCUACGUGGACCGCAUGGUGCUGCUGGUCAUGGGCAACAUCAUCAACUGGUCGCUGGCGGCCUAUGGGCUCAUCAUGCGUCCCAAUGAUUUUGCCUCCUACUUGUUGGCCAUUGGCAUCUGCAACCUGCUUCUUUACUUUGCCUUCUACAUUAUCAUGAAGCUCCGGAGCGGGGAGAGGAUCAAGCUCAUCCCCCUGCUCUGCAUCGUCUGCACUUCGGUGGUCUGGGGCUUCGCCCUCUUCUUCUUCUUCCAGGGACUCAGCACCUGGCAGAAAACCCCCGCAGAGUCGCGGGAGCACAACCGGGACUGCAUCCUCCUAGACUUCUUUGACGACCAUGACAUCUGGCACUUUCUCUCCUCCAUCGCCAUGUUUGGAUCGUUCCUGGUGUUGCUGACGCUGGAUGACGACCUGGACACUGUACAACGGGACAAGAUCUACGUCUUCUAGGGGAGCUGGGCCCCUUGCUUCUCUCAUGGAGCUCCGAGCUCCUUUGCCUCACCGCCCGGAGGUUCCAUAGUGCCAGGGGCCUGAGUCCCAGCCCUGCCGCCCAGUGCCAGGGGCGAUGGGACAGCGAGGUCCAGCCCAGGCUUGGCCUGGGACAGUCACAGGGUGACCUUGAGUCUUGCUCCUGCCCUCUGCCAGGGAUGAGGCCUGUGCCCCUUCAGCCCCGAAUGUUGGCCAAACUGCUGCUUUAUUCUCAGUGUUGGGGCCUUCCACGGGUCCCUGUCCAUCAGCUGUCCGAUUGUCGUUCUGCAGGAAGGAGGGAAGCAUUGCCUGCCCAUUUCACAGCUUGCGUCUGGCCGUCCUUCCCCUUCCCCCCUGGCCUGGACCCAAAGCCUACCCUUCUUGCCCGAGCUUCCACUCCAGGGCCCCCCUGGUCUGGGGCCUGAUUCUCUGUCCUGUACCAGAGUUCGCUCCACUUCUCCUGGGUCUGCGCCUGCCUGCCAUCACUGCCCUCUCUGGUCAGCCAGGAUGGAUGUGGCUGUCGGAUCUGGGGGCUGGCUGGCUGGUGCUGGGCUUUUGGUGCUAAGGCCUGCAAGGGAUCCUGGGCAGCACUGCCGCCUCCCUCUGACCUGCGCUCAGGGCUGGUUCUUUAGCAAUGAGGGACAAAGCCCGCAGCGUGGGAACCGCCUGUGAUUGAAGAGCUGAAUUCAGAGGUCUUUCAUAUGCCGUCAGCCCCCAGGCUGACGAUGGCACCCAGUGACUGAUGUUGGCAACCAGGAUUGGAAGGGAAAAGCAACUCACUCCUUUCCUUUCUUUCUCUUUCUAGGCCCUUAGUCCUGCCAAGCCCCAUUUGUGGGCCUUUCAGUGCCAUUUGACACUGCCCGAGAAUGUCCAGAGGCGAAGGAGGGGCAUUACAGAGAGCACAGCUCCUCCACGGCCACAGGAGCCCCAGUGCCUAUCUUAGGGGCUCAGGGAAGGGACAUGCCCUUCCCCCCUGUGUCCCAGGUCCAGCCUCACUCUGGGACACAGGGCUGGCUUCUAAGUUUCCGUCCAGUCUUCAGCCAAGUUCUGUGUUACACAUACACAUGCACACAUAUGAAACCUUGAGUUUACACUGAGUUGCCGUAACUGGUUCCCCUGGCUGCUCUUUCGCCCUGCCUGGUCCGUUCCAGAUGCCAAGGUUGGGGAGAUCAGGUCAGGCUUCUGCCUUGGGGAUGGGAAUGUGUUUUAUUCUCCUCAGCUUGUUUUUAUAGCUCUCCCUCGGGCUGGGGAGAGGCGGAGGGUCUGGAUCUUUUUUCAGAGCUCCGUUUAAUGUCUGUUUCCAUGCUAUGGUUGCAUUUCUGUUUUCUAUGAAUGAGUUUGCAUUCAAUUAAAGAAACAACCAGAUGCAGUC